CCCAUUUCACGACAAGUCACGUAACAUUUGAUUCGUCUCCUGUCCAUAAACCGGUUUAUAUCAUGCAGGAAGGACGAGUCUCUCUCCAGUUCGUCUGUCUCCUCCAGCCUUUAAGUCCGCAGUGAUGUCCUUCAUCGCUGUUUUGGUCUCAAAACUCGGUUUGGGGGACCUCUGCCACGGAAUGAGAGGCCUCAGCAAUUACAAUUUGUCCUGCUGUGUGAACACUUUGCUGCAGACUUUCUCUGCCACCUUGGAACUAGCAGAUCUACUAGACAAGUGGGACGCUGCCGGCGUGAGAACAGACAGUAGUAAUGUCCCGCAGCAGCUUAAGAAAGUACUUGUGGCCAUGCGGAGCGACCACCCUCAGCCUGCUCCCCAUCGUGACUUCCUGCACUGUCUGGACAGUAACCGCAUCCAACUUAGUAUACAGCAUGAUGCCGAUGAGGUGUUCCUCUCCAUCCUGAACUUAAUACAGAAGCAGAUGGAUAACAAAACACUGGCUCUUCAAAUCAAGGAUCUGUACAAGAUUUCAGUGCAGACGCAACUCAAGUGUUUAGAUUGUGACUCCAUCCAGACUCUGGACAGCUACCUGCUCAGCCUGCCGCUACAUAUCAAGGAAGAUCAAAACACUCUGGAAGAAUGCAUGAAAUCCUUCUUUGAGCACCAGGAGCUAAGGGGCAGAGAUUGCUGCACCUGUGAACCGUGUGGAACCAAGACUCCUUCUAAACAAGGAGUCAAACUGCUUGCCCUGCCUCCUAUCUUGUGCGUGCACCUGAAACGAUUUCGGAAUAUGCGUGGUUACACCCGAAAACUUCAUUGCGAAGUAAAUUUUCCAGAAACCCUCGACCUCUCCGAAAUGAUUCAUGAAGCAUUCUCAGCAGAAUUUGCCCAGAAUAACUGCAAGUACACUUUGUAUGCAGUGGUAGUGCACUCUGGCGAAGCAAUGUGUGGGCACUAUACUGCCUAUGUUCGUCACAGCAGGACCCAGAGCUGGUACUAUGCAGAUGACAGCUGUGUAAAAAAGGUGUCCUGGCAAGACGUGCAGACAACCUAUGGAGGACAUAGAAGACAAACAGCGUACAUGCUGAUGUACAGAAGAGACUCCAAAGAGGAGGGACACCAACCUGAAUGUUCGGGCUAAAAGGAUGAAUGCAGAUGAAUUAAAGUAGAGACAAGGUGAAAUAUAGGAUACACAUAGGAAUUUUAAGCAAUAUAAUCCCAGACUUGAUUUAAGUUAUUUAUUGUAACCCUUUAAUUAAAAUAUAUAUGGUGA